ACCCAAGUCCCAGGAAAUGCGUGUUAGUUACUGCAAGAAUUGAAAACAACACUGCAGCGUGACCGCCUUUAUCUUUCUUUAGAAGUUAAACUUAAAACCUACUGAAUUUCCAAUCUCAAAACCCUAGAUUCCAAACUCUCAAAAGUUAGGUAACAAAUUGGUUCGAUUUAAUGGUUUUAAGAUCAUGUGCAGUUCUUGAUACAACUUGCUGCAAUUAGGGUUACCGAAACUAAUUCAUUUGCUCGUUGUUGAACACGAUAUUCAGUCUUGACCUAAUUCUCGAUAUUCAAUGGCGAUAUUUGGCGACGCGCUGCGGCAAGCGUUCAUGCCAAAGCAUGAGUACGAGAGCCUGCGAGAGGAGGACAGAGCAUGGUUUAAACUUCAAAGACCGUUCUUGAUUUCGUUUGUGACGUUGAUUUGCGUUGUAAUUUUGGUAUGUACUGUUGUGAGUUUGAAAAUUGUGUUUCCUAGCGAUUAUGGAAAGAGGCCAUUUUGUGGAGACUUGAGGCUACAGCCAUUGCCAGUUAACGCGAAAGGCGGAGGGGAUUCGGAUCUGUUUCCGGGAGCGUUUUAUCUGACGGAUCAAGAGACUGCUGAUUAUUAUUGGAUGGUUGUCUUUAUUCCUUCCUUCAUUAUCUUCUUGGCUUCUGUUGCAUAUCUCGUGUCAGGAAUUAUUGUUGCAUACACUGCUCCAAAAAGACAUGGAUGCUUAAAGGUGGUUGAAAACAAUUAUUGUGCUUCAAAAAGAGGUGGUGUUCGUUGUCUAUCCAUUCUGAAUGCUGUCUUCGCGAUCAUCUUUGGUCUUCUUGCAUUGUUUCUCGGUUCAAGCCUCUUGACACUAGGGAGUAGCUGCUCUGUACCUCUGUUUUGGUGCUAUGAGAUUGCAUCUUGGGGCCUGGUCAUUUUAUAUGCAGGAACUGCCUUCUUUCUAAGAAGAAAAGCAGCUGUAGUUCUUGAUGAAGGUGACUUUGGUGGUCGGAACCUUGGUUUGGAAAUGUUGGAAGCAAAUCCCUUGGAAGUCACACCAGAGGUUGAACAUCGUGUUAAUGAAGGUUUUAAGGCAUGGAUGGGAUCAUCUUUCUUAUCCUCUGAUGAAGAAGAUGAACCUGAGGGUUAUCAGGAAGUGCCACCUCAACUUGGUCGUAAUGCUUCUAACAGGCUAAGACUGUGAUAUUUAGUCUAGCAUUCUGGAGGACAAGUCCUUGGCAAAUCUUCCACGAUUUCAGCGUCAGAAGAGGGCGGACUGCAAUUUUGGAUCAAAGCAUUAGCUUAGUCAUGGUUUGACUGAUACUGUAACACUAAUCAGUGCUAAUUCUAAAGUUUCAAAACUUUGUGGGUUGAUCGUCUUUAGUUAUCUUCAUAGUUUGUGAAUAGUUUACCAUAGUGUCCCUUCAUUGUGAAGAUUCGGGCAUUUAGUGCUUUUUUAUUUCUUUUUUAGGCAUAGCUUUUGUACUUAAUUCUAAAAUUCACUGAUGACGGAUAAAAAUAUGCUCUGUUUUUCCUUUUAACUUUCAUUUUUUUUUUUAA